AUGGGCAUGCUAACAUUCAACCGCUUCCUCAGCCGACCAUACCCCAACUCUCGGGACGGCCCGACGAUAUUCUUCUUUCAGCAGCAGUUUUUGAUGGAAAACACCGGCUCAAGAAGAAAGUCCGACAUCAUGUCAACCGAAUCUCUGGCUUCCACCCCAGGCCUGGACGAGAUCGAUGCGCCCUUCCCUGCGGACGACUACGCCGAUAACGAUGGCUUCUACUCCCCUCCUUCAUCCCCUGGCAAGCUGUCGCGCAACGGCUCUUUUUCCAAUAGCAGCUCAUACCAGGAAGACUGGGACACAUUUCCACCGCUGGACAAGCUCACCAUCUUUGAUCUGCUCGACAACUUCCAACUCUCGCAGCGUUUGGAGAAGUGGCAGCAAACCAUCGCCAUGCAGAAAGAGAAAGUGCGCCAGCAGCGGGAAAAACUCAAGUCCUCGUCCUUGAAUGCGAAAGAUCGCGUGGUGGGUGAAUGGAAACGUCGCGCACCGACCGCUGAUGAAAAGCUGGAAAAAUACCGCCAACGGAUGAACCAGGGCGUGGAACGACUGGGAAAACAGUGGAGCAAGACAGCCACUGUAACUCUCCGAGAGAAGAUGUCCUUCAUUGCCGGUGUGCUCAAUAUAUUCAUCAGUGGCUACCUGAUCGGUGCUUACCCAGAGUACUUCCACAUCUGGUUUAGUGUCCAGUUGGCAUAUUUCAUGCCCAUUCGCUACUUCACCUACCAGGCCAAGGGAUAUCACUAUUUCCUGGCUGAUCUCUGCUACUUUGUCAAUUUGCUCUGCAUGCUGAGUAUUUGGGUCUUCCCCAACUCGAAACGACUUUUCAUCAGCACUUUCUGUCUGACCUUUGGAAACAAUGCGGCAGCCAUUGCUAUGUGGCGCAACUCGAUGGUGUUCCACAGCAUGGACAAGGUUGUCAGCCUCUUCAUCCAUAUAAUGCCGCCAGUUACCUUACAUUGCAUUGUCCACUUGACGCCAGUUGAACGGCUCAAGGAGCGAUUCCCUGCAGUGUACAAUAUCAAAUUCAGUCAACCUUCGGACCCAGAGCAUUAUGGCCUAGGUGCUAUGAUCCUUUGGUCCACAGCCCCCUACCUGGUGUGGCAGCUACUGUACCACUUUCUGAUCACCGUGCGCCGCCGUGAACAAAUUGCCGCCGGUCGUCCGACCAGCUUCACAUGGCUACGCAAGUCCUACUCCAAGGCCUGGAUUGGGCGCUUCGUUCUGAGCCUCCCAACAGCGCUGCAAGAGCCAUGCUUCAUGUUCAUCCAGUAUGGGUUUGCCCUAUCCACCAUGAUUCCCUGCCCGAUCUGGUUCUGGUCCAAGUGGGCCAGUGGACUUUACAUGUCGGCCCUGUUUGUCUGGAGCAUCCACAACGGAGCAACUUAUUAUAUUGAUGUCUUUGGCAAGCGUUUCCAGAAGGAGCUGGAACAGCUCAAGGCCGAUGUUGCACGUUGGCAGAGCUCCCCUGAAGGAACAAGUAGCCCAAUACUGGUCGCGGAGCCCAGUCCGCUCAGUGGAGCAAUCGAUGUUGCCAGUGGAGGGAAGCGCAGUAGCGUUGAUCGAAUUCCGUUGCUUGAUACUGCCGAUGCCUCUUCAACUGCUAUCCCAGAGGAUAGCCUGGACAACAAUUCUACUCUUAGAGCGCGAAAUUGA